AUGUUAAAGGUUUUGAAAAUCGUCCUCUUCUGUAGCUUGCUGCCCCUGUCUCGGGGAGUGGUCCCUGGAGUCUUUUCUGUAGUCAGUCCAGAGGGAAUUCACAAAGUUGUCUCAGGUGUAUUGCUUCAGGAUGGGCUUCUCCAAAAGCAUCUCCAGGCAAUACAGAUCCCCGGCAUCGUGAGCAGAGGGGGCCUGCUCGGUUCAUUCAUCAGCAUCACAGGACUAGAAGCUGUUAACGUCCAGCUGCCCACGGUGUCGGUGACGCUGCUGCCUGGAAUUGGGGGCCAGCUGACCAUUGCUACUAAGCUGGAGAUCAAUGGCAACUUGUUGUUAUCUGGGCUGAUCCAUAUUUCAGUGGACGUGAACCUUAACGCAAAAGUCAGGGUGACUGACUAUUCAGCAGGCGUCUUCCAAGUUGUAAUUGAAGACUGCCAAUCCCUGCUUGGUCCCUUUGGCAUCAGGCUCCUCUCAGGUUUCAUGUCAGCUGCUUUUCCUACUACACUCGUCUCUUCCACUGCCCUGGGGGUGGGGGAGAGUUCAAACCAUUUGCUGGUCCCCCUUGGUGCCGUAGGAAAGAUCCAGUAUCAGUUAGCCAGCCUUCCACUGAUAACUGACCUGUAUGUUGGACUGGAUUUAAAUACCGUGAUCCAUCAGCUGGAAGGAGGCAACAUCUCCCGCCCUGUCAGCGCCGUCCCCGUCACCCUGCAGGGCAAUGUUCUGAACCUGGGGCUGAGCCAGGCUUUCCUCAACGCCGCACUGUCCCUCCUCGGCCGGAUCCAGCCACAGACAUUUAUUUCUACAUUGGACGUGGAUAAAUGUUCUGAAUUUUCAGUUCUUGGUGGAACUCGUCCCGCACACUGGCGUUCAACUGUGUCUCCUCACUGAUCUCCACCUCC